CCCUUGUUUCUUGUACGUAAAUGCAUGAGUUCCCAGUGUGUGAGGAGAACCAGCCUUAGCACCACUGUAGCCAAGCAGAGAGAAAGAAAGAAAAAGGGCCAUGGCAGUGUUAAGCAGGUUGCUUGUUUGCUGAUUCACUUUUCUCCGAAGCUCUUCGCACGCCAGGACCGUAUUAGCGAGUUCUAUUGUUGUGAUAACAUUCUUCAGGUUGAGAAAUUAAACCAGAUUAAAGGUCGAGAGGUGGAGCUUUGGUUCUGUUUUUCCCGUGGAUACUUCGUUGGUGAAGCCAUGACGUUGAGCGUCAAAAUGGAUGUCGGAGCGGACGCGGUAGCUGUAAUCACAAUCGACAACCCACCUGUUAACUCAUUAGCGAUUCCCGCGCUGAUAGCCUUGAAGGAGAGGUACAAUGAGGCAAAUGCAAGAGAUGAUGUCAAGGCCAUUGUUGUCACAGGAGCUAAUGGAAAAUUUUCUGGCGGUUUUGACAUUUCAGUAUUUCCAAAACUGCAGGAGGGUGGUUCGAAUGGUUACUUGAACCAAGCAUCAGUGGACCUUAUGAUAGAAACAAUUGAAGAGGCCAGCAAGCCCACAGUUGCAGCAGUACCAGGAUUGGCUCUUGGUGGUGGGUUGGAAUUAGCAAUGUCAUGUCAUGCACGGAUUGCGACCCCUAAAGCACAGCUUGGACUUCCCGAGCUUCAGCUGGGCAUUCUUCCUGGUUUUGGUGGAACGCAGCGGUUGCCACGUUUGGUUGGUCUGACAAAAGCCCUCGAAAUGAUGCUGCUAUCAAAACCUAUUGCUUCAGAGGAAGGCAAGAAGCUUGGGCUUGUUGAUGAGAUAGUUGCUCCAGAAGACCUCUUGACCAUUGCACGUCGAUGGGCACUUGACAUUGCCUUAGGAAAGAGGCCUCGCUUGUCUUCUCUACAGCGCACAGACAAGCUAGAAUCUUUGGGUGAUGCUCGGGAAAUCAUCAAAUUUGCCCGAGCUCAAGUCAAAAAAACUGCGCCUAAUCUGACUCAUCCUCUAUUAUGUCUUGAUGCUGUGGAGGAAGGAGUGGUUGCUGGUGGUUAUCGUGGUGCUUUAAAGGAAGCCGAAUUAUUUGCAGCUACGGUCGUCUCAGACAACGCCAAGGGCCUUGUGAAUCUGUUCUUUGCUAUAAGAGCCACAAGUAAAGUUCCAGGAAUCGUCGAGUUGGGUUUAAAGCCAAGAAAGAUAAAGAAAGUGGCAGUUGUUGGAGGAGGACUUAUGGGUUCUGGAAUCGUUACUGCAUUGAUAUUAAGCGGAUAUUCUGUUCUUCUGAAAGAAAUCAAUGAUAAAUUUUUACAGGCGGGACUUGAGCGCAUAAAAGCAAACCUUCAGAGUCGUGUGAAGAAAGGGAAAAUGUCCCGAGAAAAGUUCGAGACGAUAUUAUCACUUGUGACGGGUGUCUUGACCUAUGAAGACUUUAAGAGUGUGGAUGUGGUGAUUGAGGCUGUGAUUGAAAAUAUCGAUCUCAAGCAAUCGAUAUUUGUCGAUCUGGAGAAGAACUGUAGAACUGACUGUAUUCUAUCCACCAACACAUCUACUAUUGAUCUGAAUGUUCUGGGUGCUAAAACACGCUCUCAAGAUCGCAUCAUUGGUGCACACUUUUUCAGCCCUGCACAUAUCAUGCCUCUUUUGGAGAUUGUUCGAACAGACAAGACGUCACCGCAAGUCAUAGUGGAUCUCAUGGCCCUGGGGAAAGCCAUCAAGAAGACAACAGUCCUUGUUGGAAACUGCACAGGGUUUGCUGUAAAUCGAGUCUUCUUCCCGUACACCAUGGCAGCUAUGAUGCUCUCUGACCUUGGGGUCGACAUUUAUCGUAUAGAUAAUGCUAUCAAGUCUUGGGGCAUGCCAAUGGGACCAUUCAGACUGACAGAUUUGGUCGGUUUUGGAGUCGGGGUGGCAGUUGGUACUCAAGUCGUGAACUCGUUCUCUGAUCGAGUAUAUAUUUCUCGACUGGUGCCAAAAAUGUUGCAAUCUCAGCGAUUGGGAGAACAAAACGGAAAAGGAUUCUACAUUUAUGAUGAGAAGCGAAAGGCUCGUCCAGCACCUGAAAUUAAAGAUAUCAUCAAAGAAUCUCAAGAGGAAGCUGGGAUCAUGCUCGAUGGCAAGCCUUUGGAAUUGACCGAUAAAGACAUAGUGGAGAUGGUUAUGUUCCCAGUCGUGAAUGAAGCUUGCCGUGUGUUGGCUGAGAAGAUAGUUGUGCAAGCCUCUGACUUGGAUAUUGCCUCGGUUUUUGGCAUGGGCUUUCCUCCAUACAGGGGUGGCAUCGUUUGCUGGGCAGAUAUAAUUGGGGCUAAGUAUAUUGCCUCAAGACUGAACACGUGGACAAAAGCCCAUGGCGACUUUUUUAAGCCCUGUGCUUUCCUGGAGGAGCGCGCCUCAAGUGGUGUCAAAUUGAGCGUCCCAAUUCGUAAUUCCAUGUCUCGCCUGUAAGCAUUAUACAGGAUGCCAGUGACGUUUAUACGCCCAUGGUAUCGUCAGUUUUGAGAAUUUGAUGAUUUAUUAAUGUAGAUGCAAAUGUUGAGCACCUCGCAAGUUAGGGGCACUAUUGUAUUUUGCCACGUCAUUAUUGAUGAUGCAGCGUUUCUAGCAUAUCAGAAGAUCAUUAGCUUGUCACAUGCUCUGCGGUUUGUGGUUGCCAAACUAACACAAGAGUAGGUUUAAUGAUUAGCACUGCUAUCUAUUGUAUAUUUCUUGAGUUUUUUAAAAAAAAAAAAAAAAUGAAUUUAUGUA